AGUCGGGUUUUGUUUGUGUUGUGUGGUGGGUUUGUCAAAUUUCGACGUCUUUUUCAUUUUUAUGCAAAGGUGGUUGGUUAUCAGAAAACUGGUGCCCUGAUUUGGCACUACGGACAGAUGACUGAGAGACAGUUUCAGAAUCAGGUAUCAUUUUUAUUUCUGCUGUUUCUUGGAGGAUGCCAGCAUCACACUGUUGCAAAAUGUGAGAUCUACUUCAACAUUGCUUACGAAAAAUGGUGGACCUCAGUCUCACUCACCUUAACAAUCUUGAAAUUGGUUUGGUUUGAGUCAAUUGCAGGUGGUUCGUAUCUAAAAGGUCGCCCCACCAUGCAAUGAAGGAUGAAUUCUUAUGAGCAAGAGUCAUCAGUUUCAGAUCACUCAUCAAACAGUGAUGAGUGCAUCUUUGUGGAGACUUCUUUUCCAACAAACUCAGCUGACAAGAGUUCAACUGAGCUAAACCACAGCUCUAACGAGUCCCCCGGCAGGCUGGACCGGGCAGAGGGCGACCACAGCCCCGACACUGGUGAGGAGCCGCGGCGGCCGCUCGACUCAGAGUGCUGCGGCAGCGGCUGUUCACCAUGCGUGUUCGACCUGUACGACCGAGACCUGGCUGCGUGGCGGCGGCGGCGGCUACGGCAGCCCGAACUCGCCACCAUCAGUGCCAGCCCGCUCCGACCAGACCGCUUCACGGCCCUGACGCUGACGUCCAUCACGGCUCUGUCAGACUCGGCCAGUCUGUACCGUUUCUCGCUGCCAGCAGGGACGUCCCUCUGUCUUCCGCCGGGCGGCCACCUUCGUCUUCGUGCCGACGACGCCGGGCGCAGCGUCACGCGCGCCUACACACCCGUCUCUCCGCCUGACGCUCAGGGCUACUUCGAGGUGUACAUCCGGCUGUACCCGUCCGGCGCCAUGUCGAGCUGCGUGCGCCGCUGGCGAGUGGGCCAGCCGGCGCUGUGGAGCGGGCCGUUUGGGGAGUACCGUCCGCGGCCGACCGACCGGCGGCUGGUGUUUCUCGCCGCCGGCACCGGUGUGGCGCCGUUCGUCAACCUGGUCCGGGCGGCGGUGGAGGACGAGGACUCGGAGACGCGGCUGACGCUGCUGCUGGCCGUGCGGCGUCUCCAGGACGUGUUCCCGCGGGACCAGCUGGCGCAGUGGGCCAGCUACUGGAACUUCACCUACCAGCUGUUUGUCAGCGGAGCGAGGGAGGGUACGGACGGCGCCGCUCCCCGCUACAGAGAGCCCGUGCGGUGGCGCCGCCUACAGGAGCGGGACGUGCGAGAGGUGGCGCUCCAGUCGGCCGCAGGGUCAACGCGCUAUCUGGUGUGCGGUACACGAUCAUUCGAGAAGGAUGUGCUCAAUUAUUUGCAACGUGCGGGGGUAUGUGAUGAUGAUGUGUUCCGAUUUUGAAUCUACCAGGGGUUUGUGAGAAUUCGUUGUCCGUUACACCCUGUGAGUUGAGGGCACUGUCUGUAUUGAACGUUAGGAAAGUGUGAGGUGUGAAAUGUGAUAAUUUGUGGAUUUUAGUGGCACCCGUUCCGUCGUUUCCAUCCUCAAGAUAUUCAAAUCCUUCUCCUCCACGCCGCAACCCCUUCUCCGGGCUGGACAGGCAACUUUAUUCCAUGCGGGCGCUCCCAUUGGAGCGCACCGCAGCUUCUAAGGGAGCUGCGGUUGGCGCCACAAGAUUUCAUUAUCCCGUAGUCGGGUGCAGUGAGUGCUUUGGGGUUGGUCGGCCUCUCCUAUCGGAUGCCCGGCGACUCACUAGGGUGCCUGCUCAGACCAAGCAAUGCCACUCCCUAAUUCCAAGCAUCCUCCCGGCUCUGCAUUGGCCUCAUUGGCCCGAAAGAGACUAGCUCAACAAAACAAAACAAAGUUGUACCGGCGGUGCCGAUCGUUUGGGUACGUUCCUGAUGUGUUUUUUUUUUUCGAUGUCGUACUUCCAAAGAAUAACCGCCGCGCAUCUGUUUCAUUUGACUUAUUGACUGUCUUAAUGUUGCAACUAAUAACUCGGUAACUACGCUAACCGUAAAUUAUUUGCUUUAGCAAGCCAAAUGCGGUGUUGCCAACUGUAU